UCAGUGUCGUUACACGACCAACGGUCGUGCGAUACCGCCGCGCAGUUGUUUUCGCACGAAAAAAUUCACGAAAAUACGCUCAGUUUGCUAGCACCCGGCAGCAGCGGAGGCAUCGCGGCACUCGCAGUUAUUUUUCCUCUUCUUUGUUUCUCGUCGUACAUUGUUCGAGCGUGGACGACGAACGAUGCUUUACGGGGAAGCAGGUACUACGCGUAUUCGGGAGUGCGAAAACACGUCGCAUUGGAUAGAGUGGCGAGCAACGGCUUACCUGGAAGACUAUUUACCCACCGAUAUAUAGUACCGGAGGCAUAGGAUUAUACCGAGAGGCAGUAAUGUGCGCUACGAAAAUGAGCGUCGCACCCGAUUGCAAGGAUUUUUUCGCCGACCGUAUCGAGACUAAUUUGACAAAGGUGACGUGGGUCCACGCGGUCAACAGUAAGGAGAAGCUACACGAGGCUCUGGCCACCGACAAGGCGAUGAUGCUGGAAGCUGACGUGGUUCUUGGAACGUUGAACGAUCCGAGCGGCGGCAACGACACGGAAAAUAUACCGAUAAUGGCGCAUCCGCCGGAAGUAACGAGCGAUCUGUCGUUGGAAGAAUUUUUGGAAAGUGUUCUUGCCGAUGGAAAACGUGGUAUCAAGCUCGACUUCAAGAGCAUCGAAGCUUUCAAGGGCAGUCAAGCUAUACUCGAGAAACAUCGAGCCAAUCUGAGUUUUCCAGUGUGGUUGAACGCUGAUAUUCUCGUCGGGCCGGUCGAGGCUAAUCCGACCGAUCCGCUUCCCGUCGAGCCCAACGCUUUUAUUGCUGGUGCUGCUACUUCCUUGCCGGAGAGCACGCUCUCCAUAGGUUGGACCACGAGGUACGGUUCGAAAUUCAACAUCACCGAGGGAGAAUACACGAACGAGCAGAUUCGCCAAAUGGUCGAGGUGAUCGCUCGAAGCGAAACGAAACAGUCGAUAACUUAUCCCGUAAGAGCUGGCUUGGCGGCCGGCAAUGUAGAGCUUUUCAAAGAUUUAUUGGAGGACACAUCCGCCCAUGGAGCAACACUGACCGUCUGGUCGAGUCCGGACGACACUGUCGAUGUUGCUGCUCUCUCGAAAUUCAUCAAGGACAUUGGAGUCGACAAAGUUUACGUCGACGUACCCGAUGACAUUUUGUCAAAGUUAAAUAUUUCCGGUGCAACCUCUUACACGACCAGUUCAAUAGUGCUCUUCGCUUCGCUCGUUAUGAGCUUCGCAAUCACCAAAUUAAUAUAAGUGGAGCAAAUGUUUGUUCGAUGCGUACAGGAUCCGCAAGAAAAGAAGGAUCGAAAAUGUCUGGAGACUCGAUUAUUUAUUUACCAAUAAGUUAGUUAUUUCUCCUGAUAAAUGUGGUACCGACACCAAAACUUUUUCCCUUUUCGCACCCCAGUCUCCGCGUUUCCGAACUCGAUGUUUGCCACGAGCUAUUAUUUCUCAUGAAUAUAUAAAUUCACAUUUUGAUCGAGAUCGAAGGCAACGCGUUGCGAUUCAAUUUUUGACGCGUCGAUUCUGUCAUUCAAUUUUUUCAUGCGGAAUUCCUACGAUCUUUCGCAAGUCGAUCACGCGAUGCCGGACAAUAAACGCUUCUAUUUUUCUUCAUGUGUGUGUGUGUGUUUUUUUUCUCGAUAAAGAUAUUUUUGGUACUUGAAACAACUUUUCUAACAUGCCAAUACACACAUUUGUAAAAUUUACGAAGAAAAAAGUCGCAACGAUUACUGUCUGACAUUUAACAUAUCUGAAACUUUGAAAUUGUAAAAAAUUGUAUCGCAACCGGUGGUUAUCGUAAUUUCUCAACUCUUGUCAACAAAUACGACGACGUGGUGUGCAAACGGGCGAGUUCAUUGAUCGACCACAGUCUUGAACAAUUAUGUCGAACCUUUGCGUUUAACCGCGUGAGUUGAUAAAUUCUUUUUCCCCCCCUUUCUCAUCGAUUUCCAUUCAUUCACGAUAUACGUUUAUGUACUCUAAUAUAAAAUCAACAUUCCUUACAAUA